CUGUCCCAUGGUAACGUGCGGUUAUACACGUCAACUUCCUUGUAAUGACACACUGGGUUCCAUAGUAUAUGGAGUUCUGCGAUAACAUCGCCUUUUAACGUAAUGGCUGAAGGCGGAAUCCCUCAUGAUCUUUCCGACAGUCUCGGACCUCCGAGGGAGACCCGGCUGUUGGAUUGUCCGAUCUGUCUGGAGAAGCUGCACGAACCUAAGUCACUCCCGUGUCUUCAUUCUUUCUGUCAGGAAUGUCUGUCAAUCUACAUCACAAAAGACCUGUCGGGGAAGAUGGCGUCGGCGACUGCCUUCCCUUGUCCUGUGUGUAGGAAGUUGACACAGCCUGUCAACCCGUCGGAGGACAAGGGGAAAUGGGCUCAACAAUUCCCAGCCAAUGUAACAGUGAAAGAUCUGGUAAAGGCCCCGACACUUGAGCCGAUGUACUGUAAGCCUUGCGGGAAGAAAGGAAAACCUGGGAUUCCAGCCACGAUCUGGUGUAAAACUUGUAACGUCCUGUUCUGUACAACAUGUAAAGUCGAUCAUCACGAUUUGAUUCUUGAAGGGUGUGAAACAGUAGAUGUAACAGGGAAGGAAGGAAUUCCUCCGCGACAAGUAACCGAACAGAUCCGAUGUGAAAAGCAUACGAAGGAGGUCGAUUACUAUUGUGAGGAUCAUCAGAUACUUGGCUGUAGUAGAUGUAUCACCAUAGAUCACAGGCGAUGUGACGUAGUGACGACGACACAUGAAUACUGUGACAAACUAAAGACGGAGUCACGACUGGAGGAUCGAAAAGAAUCACUACAGAAGACAAUGGAGGGUAUCAAGUUACUCGUCAAAACAUUUGGCGAGAAACUUCAAAUCCUCCUAGAAGAUCAAAAUUCUGGAUUUGACAGUUUAACAGAUCUUCGAAAACAGGUCGACCUACGUCUUGACGCCAUGCAGAAGGACAUCACAGACAAACUGGUAUCGUCUUAUAAGCAAGAAAAGGAAAAUCUGGACUUGUCUAUUCAGAAAUGUGAACGUCUGAUGUCAUCCAUUGAGAACACAGUAGAAAGCUCCGAGACAGCUGUUCAGAAGAAUGAUAGUGUAAACACAAUAUUGAUGUACCAGAGAGGCCAGGCGGAAAUCGAGUCCUACCAGAACCUGAUCACGGAAAUAAGGAAGUCUUUUGCUUCCGUCAGAAUAAAACAUGUCGUCGAUCCCAGUCUGGUCAGGUUGGAUAAGGAUAGUCCACUGUCAUUAGGAAACGUCAUUAUAGAGGAAAAACCAGAACAGCUCCCAAAAGGAAUAAGUACCAUGAGGCCUUUGUGCGAAUGUGACGUGAAGGAGGUAGGCAAGUUCAGCAUCAAGUGUCCAUCAGAUGGACGCGAUUGUCCUGCAACUGGUAUUGUUUACUUACCUGAUGAUCAUAUCGUUGUUUCAGAUUACAACAAUAAAAAUAUAAAGUUGUUUACAGCUUCAGGGAAAUGUUUGGAUGAGAUGAAGGUUCCAGGACACCCGUAUGAUAUGUGUUGUAUAGAUGAUGACACUGUAGCGGUCACUAUCGACAAUUCUGACAUACACAUAAUCAAAGUGAACCAUGCAAAACUAACUUCGUCUUCCAAAAUAAAACUUUCUAACGGAACAUACCCAUAUGGUAUCACUUACUCAAAUGAGGCGUUUACUGUGAGUACUCCGACCGAUGUGUAUAGAGUCGGUAAGGAUGGGGUUUCGAACAAAAUUGCUUCCUAUCCAAACAACUGCUGUCAUCUUGCGUACGACCCAAGGACAGGACACAUAUAUGGAGGUCAAUGGACAUCCGAGGAUGGUGAUGUAGCUGUAUACAGACUGUCAGACAGUAAACUUACAAGCAUAUCAAAAGUUGGUUUGCUGAAGUACGUGUUUGGUGUAGACGUCGACAGGGACGGCAAUGUGUACGUGUGUGGGAGGACGUCCAAUAACGUGGUACAGAUGUCAGGUGACGGUACAAACGUCAGAGAGCUGCUGACGUCAUCAGACGGUGUAGACAAACCGAAGGCGAUAUCUCUUUUUGGGAACAAAUUCGUGGUUACAAACCAAUCAUCACAAAAUCGUAAUGAAGUGCGAGUGUUUGAACUUUACAGAUCGAGAAAUGAUGGCGUUAAAACAAUAUUGAUGUAUCAGAGAGGCUCCUGUAUACACGCCAUCAAAUAUCAACACUCAAAAUUAACUAUGUCUUCAAAAAUAAAACUUUCCAGCGGUAAAAUCCCAUUUGGUCUUACUUACUCAAAUGAGGCGUUACUGUGAGCACUCCGUGAGACGUGUAUAAAGGGAAGGAUGGAGAUUCAAAAUAUGUUGAUAUCCUGCUAAUUGCUUUAAUCUUACUUACGAUCCAAUGACAGGACACAUAUAUGGCAGUCAGUUAAAAUCCCAGAAUGGCGACUUGGCUGUAUAGACUGUCUGCUGGUGUAACCAAGGGCGUGGCAAAAGUUGGUAUGAUGAAGGACGCGUUUGGUGUAGACAUCGACGGUGACGGCAAUGUGUACGUGUGUGGGCGGGCGUCCAAUAACGUGGUACAGAUGUCAGGUGACGGGACAAACGUCAGAGAGCUGCUGACGUCAUCAGACGGUGUAGACGAACCGAGGGCGAUAUCUGUGUGUGGGAACAAAUUCGUGAUUACAAAUGAAUCCCC